GACAGCAGACAAGAUGUUGUACAAGGUGGCAUUCGUGAUCGCUCUAGCCGUUGGCCAGGUUCCAGCCAGGCCUGAGGCGGAUUUUAAAGUAGACUAUGUUGAAAAUGUCCGCAGCAGUUCUGGUUCCCGUAUCGUGUCGGGCUGGGAGGCGUACCCGGGGCAGCACCCGCACCACGUGUCGCUGCGCAUGGUCAACCCCGACGGCGCCGCCUUCAGCUGCGGAGGCUCCCUGGUCUCCAAGAACUGGGUCAUCUCCGCUGCGCACUGCACUGCUUUGUAA